AUGUUACGCGCGGGUAUCGCUCGAAGCGCACGAUGCGCCGAGCAGAGCCUGGUCCGUUGCAGAGGCCAAUGGCAGCCGCAACGGGCAUGGCAGCUUAGGCGCACAUUCGCCGACGGACCUGGCAAUCAGACCGUCUUACCCGGAUCAGAGUCGAAGAUAGUCGCCGGCGUUCCUCAGGCCCCGAUCCUGAACGCCAACAAGACGAAUCUCGAUGCAGCAGCCGGCGCGUCGGUAAAAGUGCCUCCUCCACCCCCAACGACGUCUGUCAAUCCUACUGGUGUCCCUCCCACGCCCUCUACCAAUACCGGCAACCUCCCGCCGACUGGACAUGGCACAGCAGCAACUGGACCUACUUCAGCAGCGCCUCCGCCACCACCGAAACGCCCACGCCGUCGCUUCCGCAACUUCCUCUACUCCCUAAUCCUGCUCAGCGCACUGGGUUACGCUGGCGGUGUGUACUACUCCCUCAUCUCCGACAACUUCCAUGACUUCUUCACCGAGUACAUUCCAUUCGGGGAGGACGCAGUAUCUUACUUCGAAGAGCGCGAAUUCCGCAAGCGUUUCCCCUCCAAAGACGUAACGUCACCCAAGAACUGGCCUUCGACCCGCGGCGAGAACAAAGUCACGAUUGGCAAAUCGAGCGGGCUCAGUCCUCGGAGUGUAGACGAGGCGCAAGAUCUCGGUGGACGACGCAGACAUGUGAGCGCGGUUGAGGAUGAUGGGAAGCCGCAGCCUGGAAAGGCGCAGCAGAACCCGGAUGUGGCUAGUCAGAGAGAGAAGACGCAGGCGGUCGAGGCAGCGAAGAAGGGUACGCCAGCAAGCGAUGCGCCUGCGAAGAAGAGCGAGCCUGUUACAACACCCACAGCACAACCAAAGGACACACCUACUCGUACUGCUGCGCCAGCCCCGCCCACGGUAACGACGGCUGGACCAGCUGUUGAUCAUAUUAAUAUCCCACAAGCUGUUGAGCCGGUGGUGCAAGAUUUGGUGAAGAUGGUCAACAAUGUCAUCACAGCAGUGAACGCCUCUCCCGAAGCCUCGAAGUUCACCACUGUAGUACAAACGAUGAAGGAUGAUCUCAAUAAGGCCAUCUCGGAAGUCGGCACAUUGAAAGAAACCGCAGUCGAAGAUGCCAACAAACGAAUCAAGGACGCCAACACCGAAUUCGAUUCUGCUGCCAAGGAACUGGUCCGCCGACUAGAGACAGAAAUGCGUGAGCAAGAGAGCAAAUGGCGGGAAGAGUACGAGGUCGAGCGUGAGAAGCUCAGCACAUCGUAUCAACAUCGUCUGGACGCCGAGCUCGAUGCGAUCAAGAAGGUGCAAGAGGAGAAGAACCAGAACUCCCUUCUGCAGCAAGAAAUCGCCCUGCAGAAACAAUACAUGGAUACCGUGAAGUCAAAAGUAGAAGAAGAGCGUUCCGGUCGCCUCUCAAAACUAGACGCACUCUCAACGUCCGUCUCAGAGCUCGAGUCUCUGACAUCCCAAUGGAACGAAAUAGUCGACUCCACCCUCCGCACGCAACAUCUCCAGGUCGCCGUAGAGGCCGUGAAAGCCAAAGUCCUCGACUCCGACCGUCCCACCCCAUUCCUGAACGAACUCGUUGCCCUCAAGGAAGUCAGCAAAGACUCCGACCUCGUGGGCGCAGCAAUCGCAUCGAUACAUCCACAAGCUUACCAAUCCGGCUUACCGUCCCCUGCCUCCUUGAUCGACCGCUUCAGACGUGUAGCGGCGGAGGUGAGGAAAGCCGCCCUCCUACCCGCAGACGCAGGAGUAGCGUCGCAUGCUGCUUCUGCUGUGCUUUCGAGAUUGAUGUUCUCCAAGAAGAGCGAACGCGGCUUGCCUGAGGGCGGCGACGUGGAGGCCACGCUUGCAAGAACCGAGGUGCUGCUUGAGGAGGGUGAUCUGGAUGCCGCUGCUCGGGAGAUGAAUGGGUUGCAGGGGUGGGCUGGGGUAUUGAGUCGUGAUUGGGUAGGCGAAUGUCGGCUUGUACUGGAGGUACGGCAAGCUGUCGAGGUCAUGGCCACAGAAGCGCGACUCCAGAGCCUGCUCGUCGAGUAG